AAAGGACAUAACCACCACAAAGCCACAGAUUCAUGUGGGCCCCUCCCUAUUCGACACUCCGCGAUUAUUACUAGCUCUCUUCUUCUUCUUCCUCCUGCGACGGACACAAACUCACUCUUGCAAUCCUCGAUGCAGAGAGUAUGGAAGCUUUGAUCGGCUCGAAUCUUGAUUCUAUUCUGAUCUGUGCUUCGGAAUUUGCUUCAUCAAGACCGUCGUUCUUUUCUGGCCGAUUCACUAGCAGGCUGAAAGCUGUGCGGUCCGACAGGCUUAGAGUCAAUUGUUUUGGUGGUUCCGACAAGGAAUUCACCAGCACUCCACAAUGUCUUGACAAAAGGAUUGGGAGAGGAUUGGUCGGAUUGGCCGCCGCCGCCGCCGCUGCCGCCGUGUCUUGGGAUUCGUCUGCCCUCGCACAGUCUUUGACUGUGGCAUUCCCUGCUUCUCACACUCGUGAGGUUAAUACAGCCCAGAGAACUCUAGUGGAGGCAUGGGGAUUGAUUCGAGAAACCUUCUUCGAUCCGACUUUCAAUCAUCAGGAUUGGGACAUGAAACUGCAGCAGACAAUGGUGGAGAUGUUUCCUCUGAGAUCAGAGGAUGAUGCCUACGGCAAAAUCAAGGGGAUGCUUUCGACCCUCGGCGAUCCUUUCACUCGCAUCAUCAGCCCCAAGGAAUAUCAGAGUUUUAGAAUAGGAAGUGAUGGAAAUCUUCAAGGUGUUGGUUUAUUCAUCAACACCGAGCCCAAGACCGGACACCUGAUUGUUUUGUCGUGCUUGGAGAAUAGCCCGGCUGCGCGCGCCGGCAUACAUGAAGGGGACGAGAUCAUGGAAAUCAACGGCGAAAGGCUCGACGGCAUGGCGAGUGAAGCAGCGGCGCAAAAGCUCCGGGGACACACUGGAACAACUGUUACUGUCAAAGUUCACACUGUUGAUGACUCAGGAAGCUCUUUUGUCCGAGAGGUUAAAAUACCGCGUGAAGUUGUGAAGCUUCCACCGAUAUCUAGUGCUAUCAUUAUCCACAGAGCACCCGAUGGUCAGCUAUCGAAGACAGGAUAUGUGAAGCUGUCGACCUUCUCGCAAUCUGCUGCUAUGGAAAUGAAGAAUACGGUUUAUGAGAUGGAGAAUCAAGGUGUAGAGUCGUACAUAUUGGACCUAAGGAACAACCCGGGUGGCUUGGUAAAGGCGGGACUUGACGUUGCUCAGAUUUGGUUAGAUGGAACCGAGACACUAGUGAAUACUAUCGAUAGGGAUGGGAAUAUGUUCCCGAUCAACAUGAUCGAUGGUCAUGCUAUAACACAUGAUCCUCUUGUUGUCCUCGUGAAUGAAGGUAGCGCGAGUGCAAGUGAGAUCCUUGCAGGGGCGCUGCACGACAAUGGCCGAGCAAUUCUUGUUGGACACCGAACAUUCGGGAAAGGAAAAAUCCAGAGUGUGACUGAGCUACACGAUGGAUCGGCACUUUUCAUUACAGUGGCUAAAUAUUUAUCGCCGGCGCUUCAUGACAUCGACAAGGUUGGGAUAGCGCCGGAUGUGCAGUGCACAACUGACUUUCUGAAUUCACCUAAGGAUUCCUUCAGUGUGAGAAAGUCAAGUUCAUCCUUGGAAAGAGAUUCUUGCAUUCUUUUGGCUGAACAUCAGCUUGAUAUUCAAGAAUCCAAAGGCUCGGCUUCUUGAUAUGUGAUCGAAACUUUCGACAUUAUUGCCAGCCUCAACAUGGUACGCUGUUAGCACAUUAGGAUAUUGUAAAUGCAUUGGUAUGAUUCAUGAUGUAAGCUAUAGAUAAUAAGAUUGAAAAUUUAAGAAA